GCGCGAGCACAGCGACCAGCGGGCCAUCGACCUGCAGCUCAACGCCCUCACCACGCAGCACGCCAACAUCCUGCAGCGCGCGCAGAGCUACGUGGAGCGGUACGAGGCAAUCGUGAGCAACCACCAGCAGUACAGCAAGGCGGUGAUGGAGACGCAGGAGUGGCUGGAGGCCACGCACCACACGGUGGUGCUGUGGGGCGACACGGACAUGGAGCGCAUCUCGCUGCUCACCAACGUGGAGCGCCUGCGCCACCAGCUGGCCGCGCUGCCCGAGGAGGAGCACCGCAUCCACCAGAUCCGCGCGCUCGCCGAGAAGGUGAUCCCCGGCACGGUCGAGUCCGGCCAGGUGAACGUGCGCGCGCAGUGCGACUCGUCGCAGCAGGAGUGGGAGGGCCUGCUGUCCGCGCUCAGGGCCACCAUCGAGGCGCUGGAAGCGAGGAUCCAGCAGUGGAACGAGUACGAGGCGCUGCGGGAGCAGUGCCUGGCCUGGCUGCGGGAGACGGACGCCACGCUGCACGCCGUGGACCUCAAGGCCACCUGCCAGGAGAAGAAGGACCAGCUGGACGUGCUCAAGCGUCUGCAAGGCGCCGUCCGCGCCAAGGAGCUGGAGAUGGACAGCGCCGUGGAGCGCGCGCAGCAGCUCAUCAAGGGCGCCAUGACCAACCGCAGCUCGCAGAUCUCCGAGCUGGGCAUGAAGUACCAGGCCGUGUCCCACAAAGUCAAGGACCUGACGUCGCGCUGGCACCAGUACGUGACGAGCCACCAGGACUUCGAGGGCCGCAUCGCCGAGUGCUCGCAGUGGCUGGAGGACGUCCGCCACAAGCUGGGCUACUGCUCGGACCUGAGCGCGUCCUCGCAGAAGGACCUGGACAGCAAGAUGGAGACGAUCCAGGACCUGCUGCUGUACAAGGAGGAGGGCUUCAGCAAGGUGCAGGCGCUCGUGGAGCUGGCGCAGACCGUGCUGGCGAACACGGCGCCCGCCGGCCACCAGGCCAUCAACGACGAGCUGGCGCGCCUGCAGGAGGAGUGGAGCGCCCUCGCGUCCAAGAUGGUCGAGACCAAGGCGAUCCUGGACGACUCGAUCCAGCGCUGGUCCGGCUUCCUGGAGCAGAUCCACAACCUCAACAAGACGGUGGAGUACCUGCAGUCCGUGACGGACGAGGUGUCCGAGUUCCAGGCCACCAUGUCGGAGAAGCGCGCGCAGCUGGAGCGCAUCAAGCUGCUCGAGGAGAAGGCGCGCUGCGAGAAGCUGGAGGUGGACUCGCUCAAGGCCAAGGCCGUGGAGAUGCUGGCCAGCGGGCAGCAGAGCCACGCCGCCAGCCAGGCGCAGGAGAUCCUCAACAGGUUCGACCAGCUCGCCGAGAGGAUCAAGACGCUGCUGUCGGAGCGUGAGGAGCAGUACCGCGACCACCGCCUGUACAAGGAGGCCCACGACGACCUGAUCGGCUGGCUGGGCCGCGCCAGGGAGAAGGUGCCGUCGCUCAAGCAGCGCUCGCUGAGCGACAAGCUGGCUAUCGAGAGCGCGCUGGCGCCGCUGGAGGCGCUGCUCAACAAGCAGGCGCAGGGCGAGAUGCUGCUGGAACCGCUGCGGAGUCGCGGCGAGGUGGCGCUCGCCAGCACCUCGCCCGCCGGCCAGGAGACGAUCCGGAGCGAGAUCCGCGCGCUGCAGGAGAGCUUCACCACGCUCUUCAAGGAGAUCCAGCAGCAGAAGGACGCCCUCGAGGCCACCGUCGUGCAGUGGCGCGAGUACAAGGAGGAGUACGAGCGCCUGUCCGACUGGCUGCAGCAGAUCGACAUCCUGGUCAAGGCCAACAAGACCGCCCUGUCCGCCACCAUCCCGGAGAAGCGGAAGAAGGUCCAGGAGGUCAAGGACGUCCUCAAGAGGCUGGAGGACGGCGCAGACCAGAUGGAGCGCUUCAACAAGACGGCGUCCUGCCUCCUCAACUCGCACCUCGACACGUACGUCAACAACCAGCUGCGGCACCUCAACUCCCGCUACCAGGUGCAGAUCAACCUGGCUAAGGACGUGCUCAAGAAGGUGGAGGGCAACCUGGACCAGCACGAGCAGUACGAGAACUACCUGGGCAAGACGCGCGCGUGGAUCGACAACGCCAAGCAGGUGAUCCGCGACAGCUCGGACGCGUCGGCGGCCACGCCGUCGGCCACGCCGUCGGGGCGCGACCGGGACCGCGACGAGCUGCAGACGCGCCUCAGCCAGAUCCAGGAGCUGCUGCGCCGGCGCGAGGAGGGCCAGUCGCUGCUCCACGCCGCCAUCAACUGGGGCGAGAAGACGGUGCGCAACACGCGCUCCGACGGCAAGGACGCCAUCAACAGCGCGCUCAAGGAGCUGCAGACGGACUGGGACCGGCUGGUGCGCAAGAUCUCCACCGCCAAGGUGCAGCUCGAGACGGCGCUGCUGCAGUGGGCCGACUACAGCUCGUCGUACUCGCAGCUGCAGCAGUGGAUCAGCGACCGCGAGAACAAGCUGCAGCAAGUGUGCGAGCAGAAGGUGUCCAAGGCGAAGCGCGGCCAGGGCCAGGCGCCAGGCCUGAGCUCGCUGAGUAUCGGCGAGCGCAAGGCCACGCUGCGGCAGACCAACAGCAUCGUGCAGGACAUCGUGUCCUUCGAGCCCAUGAUCCAGUCCGUGGCGUCCAAGGCCGAGGACUUGCUGCAGGCCGAGCCCGCGUCCGCCAUCUCCACGCAGUACGAGACGCUGAGCAAGCACGCGCGCGAGGUGUACGAGAAGCAGAAGGAGACGGUGGAGCAGCACCAGGCCUUCAUCGACGCGGGCACCGAGUUCAUGCAGUGGAUCCGCGCCGCCAAGGAGAAGCUGGGCAAGUGCUCGGAGCCCACCGGCGACAAGGAGUCCCUCAGCAGCAAGGCGUGGCACCUCAAGGUGCUGCAGAGCGAGACGGACGAGGGCCAGGCCAAGCUGCAGCGCGCGCUCGAGGCGGGCGACGCCGCCUGCCAGGGCGCCGACGAGGAGGAGCGAGAGGUCAUCGAGGAGGAGGUGGCCAUGCUGCAGGAGGAGCUGGACACGUACCUGGAGCAGCUGGCGCGCACCAAGGGCCUGCUGGAGGCUGGCAUCGUCAAGUGGACCGACUUUGAGGACCAGCACAAGGAGGCCAGCGAGUGGCUGAGCCGCACCGAGACGCUGGUGCAGUCGUUCAACCGGCUGCAGGACGGCCUGGAGGACAAGAAGAACGUCCUGGAGCAGUUCCAGCAGCACCUGCAGCUGCUGUUCGACUGGCAGCAGCAGCUCGACACGCUCAACCUCAAGGCGCAGGUGCUGCUGGAGACGUGCGCCGACUCGCGCGUGUCCAACGCCGUCACGCAGCUCACCACCAAGUACAACGCGCUGCUGUCGCUGGCCAAGGAGACCAUGCGGCGCCUCGAGGUGCAGUACCAGGAGCACCAGCAGCUCAGCACGCUGACGCAGGAGUGCCAGGACUGGCUGGAGCGCACCCGCGACAAGGUGGCCGAGUGCGGCGCCCCGCACGCCACCCUGGCCGAGGUGAACGCGCGCCUGCAGGCCGUCAAGGCCAUCCGCCAGUCCCUGGAGCAGGGCCACAACAAGCUGCGCUACGCGCUCGAGCUCAAGGAGAAGGUCAUCCUCAACACGGAGCAGUCCGGCGCGGCCAAGAUCCAGGAGGACACGGAGAACAUCAAGACCGAGUUCGAUCGGCUGUCGGCGGAGGUCAACGAGUUGCGGCAGCGGCUGACUCAGCGCCAGGCGCAGCUGGAGGAGCUCUCCAAGGCCCACAAGCUGCUGCAGCAGUGGCUGGCUGAACUGGAGGUCGCCGUCAGCGGCGCCGGCAGCUCGCAGCUGUUGAACGAGCUGAGCGACAAGCGCGCGGCGCUGGAGAAGCUGCGGUCCGUGCUGCGCGACAUCGCCGGCCACUCGGAGGCCGUGGAGAGGCUGAAGGCGAAGCUCGCCGACGACCCCACCCUGCCCGCCGCGCAGUUCCAGGCCAGCUUCGACAAGUACACCGAGCUCAAGGACACGGUGGCGGCCAACGUGGCCACCCUGGAGGCGCAGGUCCGCGAACACGAGCAGUACCGCCAGGCCUACCAGGAGGCCGUCGACUGGCUGCGGCGCGCGCGCCUGGAGAAGGCCAGCGCGCUGAGCGAGGCCGUGGCGCGCACCACCGGCGUCGAGGGCUGUGACACGCUGCACCACGAGAUCCAGCAGCUACGCGACAACUGGGACUCGCUGAGCUCCGCCAUCCGCGACACGCACAAGACGCUGUCGGCGUGCGCCGAGGCCUGGGCCGUCUGGACGGAGCGGCUGGACCGCGCGCAGCGCUGGCUGGACGACCUCAAGGCCCGCGUGGAGCCCGAGCUGCAGCGCGGCGACGAGAACACGCCCGAAGACCUGGAGCGCUGCCGCGCGCUCAUGGCCGAGGCCAGCAGCCACCAGGGCGGCAUCGAGGAGCUGAGCGACGCGUGCGAGGUGCUGAUGGAGCUGGCCGCCGUGAGCUGGGUGCGCGACCGCACCGUGCAGCUGCAGGCCGCCUACUCCGCCCUCGUCACCAGCGUGCAGGGCCUCGUGUCGCGCGCGCAGAAGAACCUCUCGGACUACACCGAGUUCGCCAAGGCCAAGACGGAGCUGGAGAGCUGGCUGCAGCGCUCCCACGGCACCGUGCAGAGCUGCCGCGGCGUCGGCGACCAGGCCUGGCUGCGCGACAAGAUGGACACCGUGCAGCUCGUCAACAACCGCAUGACGGAGGGCCAGCACCUGAUGUCGGCCACGCAGGAGGUGUUCGCCAAGGCGGUGAACACGGCGCCGGCCGACCGGCAGGACACGCUGCGCGAGGACAUGGCCGCCCUGCGCGCCAGCUGGGACCAGCUGAGCAUGGAGCUGUCGGCGGUGACGGCGCAGCUCAAGACGGCCCUGAACCGCUGGGACGACCAUGCCGAGAACCACGCCCGCCUGGCCUUCUGGCUGGACGAGGCGGAGACCUCCCUGGGCCAGGCCACGCUCACGCGGCCCGAGCUGGGAGAGAUGAAGACGGUCCUGGAGCGUUACCGCCACACGCAGGAGGAGAUCGCCGGCAAGCGCGUGGAGCUGAACCAGCUGCUGACCGAGGCGACGGAGCUGUCGCAGUGGGCCAGCCGCCAGACUCCGCUGGAAAACGUCCGCGCGCUGGAGAAGCGCUGGGAGGCCCUCAACAGCGCGUACAAGCAGCGCAGGGAGAGCCUGGAGCGCGAGAUCGGCGAGUACGCGGCGUACCAGCAGGCCGUGCAGGACACGGAGAAGUGGAUCCUGCAGGUGUCCUUCCAGCUGAUGGCGCACAACUCGCUGUACAUCACGAACCGCGCGCAGACGCAGGAGCAGAUCAGCGCGCACCAGGCCCUGCUGCAGGACAUCCGCGCCUACCAGGCCACCCUGGACAGCGUCAAGGACCGGGGCCGCGCGCAGGUGGAGCGCUACAAGGACUCGACGCCCACCAUCCGGUCCACCAUCGAGAAGCAGCUCAACAACAUGCAGGAGAGCUACCAGUCGCUGCUGCAGACGGCGCUGCAGAUCGAAGCGCGCCUCGCCGAGUCCCUGGCCAAGUUCCAGCAGUACGAGGACACGCUGGACUCCAUCUGGGCCAACCUGGACACGUUCGAGCAGGCCCUGCUCAACCAGGACGCCGACGCGCCCGUGCUUAACCUGCAGCAGGCGCAGCAGCAGCUGGAGAUCGCGCGGGACACGGUGCCGCCGCCCAUCCCGGACCGCGAGCUGGCGGUGCGCGCGCGCCUCGAGGACCUCAUCGACCAGGUGCAGGGCCGCGUGGCCACGCUCACGUCGUCCGUGGGCUCGCUGGAGGAGUGGGGCCGCGAGCGCGCCGCGCUGGAGCAGUGGGCCGCCGAGCAGCUCGCCAACGUGGCCGAGUGGCGGUCGCGGCCCGCCAAGCUGCGCCCCGAGGCCGCCCGCCAGGAGAUGGCCGUCAUGCAGGAGUUGGUGGCGCAGGUCUCGGACAGGCGGACCAAGCUGCUCACCGACCUGCCCCAGGGCCCCGCCGGCGAGGACUCGGACCUGGAGGGCCAGCUCGCGUCGCUGGACCACCAGCUGCAGCAGGUGAUCCACAAGAAGCAGGAGCACCAGGCCGUCAUCGACAACUUCCGCACGUCGGCGCAGGACUUGCAGUCCUGGCUGGACGGCCUGCUGCGCCGCGUCGAACAGCUGGACCGCGGCGGCCACGACUGCGCCUGGAAGCUGGGCCAGCUGCGAGAGAUCUCCACCGAGCUCAACGACACCGGGCCGGCGCGCCACGCCGAGGUGAAGGCCCUGGCCAAGCAGGUCAUCGCGCUGGUCAGCAACCUGGACGCCCAGCAGGUGGAGGAGCAGAUGAAGGCGGUGGACCGGCGGUACGGCGACGUGGAGAAGCGCCUGCAGCGCAAGAUGCAGGUGCUGGAGCUGACGCGGAAGGGCGUGGACAGCGCGCGGCAGGAGAUCGACGCGGCGCGCGCCUGGGUGGCGGACAAGCUGCGCGAGCUGCGCGAACUGCCGCCCCUGGGGACCACGGUGCGCGCGGCCGAGGAGCGCCAGCAGGCCCUCAAGGCCCUCGCCAAGGAGGCCGAGGGCAAGCAGGUGCUGCUGGACUCGCUGACCAAGCGCGUGGACGGCAUGAAGGCCGAGCUGGAGCCCAGCGAGCUGGCGGCGCUCGAGUCGUCGCUGCGGUCGCUGGAGGCCGAGCAGGCCGACCUGCGCGGCCAGCUGCGCUCGCUGACGACCGCGCUCGCGUCCUCGCUGGAGGCGCGCCGCGUGCUGGAGACGGGGCUGGAGGACGCGCGCGCCUGGGUGCGCACCAGGCUCGCCGACCUGCAGCGCCUCGGCGACACCGCGCCGCUCAAGGCCGCCAAGGUGGAGCGCGAGAUCCAGCAGUUCCAGCAGGCCGAGAAGGACGCGGAGCACUUCGGCAAGACCACCCUCGCCGACGUCACCAACCAGGGGCAGACCCUGCUCAGGGACUGCGCCCCCGCCGACAAGCAGAAGCUGCUGGACAACCUUCAAGCCCUGGCCGACGACUUCGCCAGCCUGCAGACGCUCACGUCCCGCCGCCUCCUGUCGCUGUCCGCGCUGCUCAACAGCCGGCGCACGCUGGAGACGGACAUGGACCGGUGCCUGCACUGGCUCAACGAGGCCGAGGUGGCCAUCUCGGCGGAGAUCCGCGCCACCAACCUGGAGCUGCUGCAGGAGCAGCUCACCAAGUACACGAAGCUGAGCGGCGAGUGCGAGGCGGUGGGCGCCGACGUGGAGCGGCUGUUCGUCGGGCAGGAGGCGGUGCUGUCCACCGUGAGCGAGGCGGACCGCGCGCUGCUGGCCGAGCAGCUGUCCGGCAUGCAGGUGCGGCACGCCGUGGUGGCGGGCGUCAUCGCCACGCGCCUCGAUGCGCUGCGCGACGCCGUGCGCUGCCACGAGAAGGCCCUGGAGAAGGCCAAGGACAGCGCCAAGUUCGUGGCGGCCGUGCACAGCCAGCUCAAGGACCUGAGCAGGCCCAUCGGCAGCCGCGUCGAGGACGUGCAGGGCCUGCUGGACAACUACCAGAGGCUGCUGUCGGACCUCAAGGACCACCGGUCCUCGCUGAGCGGGCUGGCGGCGGGCAACAUCGGCGAGCUGCAGGCCAUCGUCCAGGAGCAGGACGACCUGAUCGCCGCCAUCGAGGCGCAGAUCGACCGGCUGCGCAAGCUGCUGCUGCUCCGCGAGCAGUUCAUCGCCCUCAUCACCGAGAUCUCCACCUUCAUCCUCACCUACACGGGCGUGGUGCGGGACAUCGAGGCGUCGGGGCAGCCCAGCGAGGAGAAGAUCAAACGCUACCACGACGUCAUCGAGAAGAUCCAGGAGUGUGAGGCGCUGCUCGCGUCGGCCGCGGACAAGGGCCAGCAGAUCGCGAGCGAGGGCUCGGCGGCGGACCGCAACUCAGUGACGGAGCAGCUGCAGAGCCUCAAGAACCAGCUGCUGGGGCUGCGGCGCGCCCUGGCCGAGCGCGCCGCCUACCUGCAGAGCAACGCGACGCUGCGGCGCGAGCACCAGGCCCUCAAGGACAAGCUGCACGCGUGGGUCAAGGAGGCCCGCACGCGCCUGGACCGCGACGUCAACGGCGUCGACUUCAGGAACGUCGUUUCCGACCUGGAGAUGCACAAGGUGUUCUUCGGCAGCGAGCAGGCCAUGCGCGAGCUGCUGUCGCACGACAUCCAGCAGGCGGCCGACAAGAUCUGGCCGUCGCUGUCCGCCGCCGAGCAGGAGGAGCUGACGAACGAGCAGACGCACCUCACGCAGCUGCUCAAGAACACCCUCAACUCGGCCAAGUCGCGGCAGGCGCAGCUGGAGCAGGACGCGCAGGUGUGGCACGACUACUGCGCCGCGCUGGAGAAGGCGCGGUCGCUGCUGGAGCUGUACCAGUUCACGGACGAGCCCGUCAUGAACCUGGCCGGGCUGCACUACAACCUGGACAAGGUGACGCACGCCCAGCAGGACGUGGCGGCCCACCAGUCCGACGUGGACCUGCUCAACGAGCGCGCGCGCGAGCUGACGCGCCUCGCGGACGCCGCCAACCGCGAGCACGUGGAGCAGCAGGUGGGCGCCGUGAACCGCGAGUGGGAGGAGGUGUGGGAGCAGUUCGACGCGCAGUGGACCGCGCUGGAGGCCAAGCUCGGCGACACCGAGGACGCCGCCCACCACCUGGACCUGGUGGUGCGCUCCAAGACACAGCUCAGGGAGUCCAGGAACACGCUGCUGGACUUGAUCCGCAACCUGGAGGAGCUGCAGACGCCGCUGGACGAGGUGGUGGCGCUGUCGGCCACCAUCGUGGCCUUCCUGUCCAUCUCGUGCGAGCCGGCGUCGCGCGCGCUGCGGGACAAGCUGCAGCAUCUGACGGAGCGCCACGCCAAGCUCAUCUCUGCACUCAAGCUCAAGCUAGCGCAGGCGAACGCUGACCUCGAGAGUCUAGAGGCUGUAGCAGCAGAGAUCCAGUCUCUGCGUUCCACUCUACAGUCGCUGGACGGCGAGGUCCGUGGAGCGUACGUGUUCGGCGAGGACGCCGCGGAGCAGACUUUGCAAGAACUCGGCGCCCGAGUGGACGCCAGCGUCUGUCGCGUCAAGAAGCUCGGCGUCGACACCAAGCAGCGCUACACCGCCGCACAGCAGCUUGUGCCCACCGAGCUCGCUCAAGAGGUGAGGCACUUGUGCUCACUUCCUUGGAACUGCUGUCGGAGGCCGUGA